GCAGUGUGCGUCGCCUACUUCUUGGACUAUGAUUAGAACCGAAAUGUUUUUACUAUUUUUACCGGAUAUUUACUGUCAGAAACAACCAAAUUUUACGUUACGGUUUUAUUUCAAUUAGAAAAUAGUUUCCUAGCCGCCAUACGCGGCGUUUUAAAGGUGAAUGAAAAGAGUUUUUCAGCAAAGUUUUGGGUAACCGACUGUUUUGUAGCAAUAAGCGGAAGCUGCUCCUCUGUCCCGGGAUGGAUUUGAGACAAACUGUGAGCCGGGGGAAUACGGGAAUUUCCAGGAUAAAUCUGAGUGCAUCCACUAAGAUUAAAAACGUCCAGGAGCCCACUCCAAAAUGUCUGGACCUCGUGAAGAUUCUUAAUCUUCUUGAGGAUCCUCUGACGACGAACCUGACGGAGAGGCACCUGUUUGUCCUGAGGAAGCUCCUGAAGAGGAACAAGUCCGGCUUUCAUUUGAGAGAGCUUGCAGAUAUAGCCAAGAUAAUCAACAUCUGUGGUGAGAAAGUGAUCGAGCGUCCCAAAUAUGCACCGUUUCUGUGCGAAAUUCUGAAAAUCAGCAGGAUUCCUUUCCUGAAGGGCAAAGCGUCCGAUGACCUGAUCUACGCUCAGGACGCCAUAAACUUCCUCUCCUGCUUGGGUCGUCUGAUGAAGAUCCCGAACCCUGACAUUCAGGAGGGCGUCGUGGAAACGGUCCAGUCGUUUUUCAGCUUGGAGGCGUCCAAGGAUCAGCCUGAAGAUAUCCAGACCAUCUCUCCUUUCUACCGGCUGCAGCUGGUGGAGCGCAGCGACCUUCCCAAGUUGCUGGUUGAGUCCAUUGACGCGCUGCAGAACCAGUCGUUCAUCAAGCUGCAGCUGCUGGAAACCCUGCAGCUCCUCUGCAGCUUCUCUGACCUGAACUGCAGGUCGAUGCUGGACGCAGGAGCAGCGGGGACCGUGUGUCUGCACAUGAACAGCGCCGACCCGCCGGGCCGGUUCCUGUCCUGCUGCUCGGAGAUCCUCUGGAUCCUGCUGGACAGCAGCGGCCGGGAGGACGCCGUGGCUCAGCUCUGCAGCCUCGACUGCGUGGUGUCUCUGAAGGAAGCGUUUUCGUCCGUCCUGGCGCUCACAUCCCAGGGCUUUGACCUGCAGCUCAGGAACUACCUGCUGGUGUUCACGACUCUCAUCGCAGAAAAUCCAAACUGUCCGCUCAUCGAGAGCUUAUUUGCCAAACAGCUGCUGGGCUACAUCACACUUCCGGAAUUGGAGAUCUCUUCAGCGCAGAAACUCACCCACAGCAAAGAAGACCUGAAGAUGAAGAAGCUGCUGCUGAAUCUGCUGAUUUUGUUGUCCAGAAAUGUUGCUGCUGCACAGCUUUUCAGAGAGGAGCUGGUCAUGGUAAGCCUGCUGCGGUUCGUGGCUCCGCCUAAGAAGCAGCCGUCUUUGCCUCAGAGCGCCAUCCUGAGCCAGCAGGAGGAACUGCAGCUGCAGGCGCUGGAGACGCUGGCCAGCAUCGCGCCGGUCAUGCUGCAAGACUACAUGGGCUGCCAGGGAAACACGCACCUGCUGCUGCUGCUCGACUGGUGCUGCGCUUCAGAUGCCAGAGACAGGCGGAAGCUGCAGAUGCAGCGCUGCAUCAGAGUCCUGCGCGCCGUCACGUCUCUGGGGGAACAGUCCGUCAACCAGGACCUCAGCGACCAGGGAGCCAUCCACCAGCUUCUAGGGAUUAUAAUCCAGCUGGAAGACGUUUGUGACGAGGGCGAUGCGGUAACCAUAGAGAUGAUGUCGAACAUCCAGCUGAUCCUGUCAGCGCUGUGUGAGACCGACCUGCACAGAAAGGAGCUGUUUGGGUCAGAGGGAGUGGAAAUGGUCGUACAUUUCCUGAAGAAAGGUUCGGAGAACUUCUACCACGGUUUGGGACACAACAAGCUGCUGAUCUCCACCAUCGACUGCGUGUGGUCCUGCAUCGUCGGCUGCUGCAUCACAGAAAACCAGUUUCUAUGGAAGGACGGCGCCGGCCUGCUGCUGGAUUUGCUCCGCUCCAGCCCCAGGUGUAUGCACGGCAUCAUCCUCUCCAUCCUGCUGGACCUGUUCAACAACCCCGACACCCGGCCGCUGAUCCUGGACUGGAGGGACGCCGACGGCCGCUCGGCCCCCAGCGUCCUGCUGCAGCUCUGGAGGGACCAGGAGGAGGAGCUGGGCGUCCUGCGGGACGAAAACGGAGGAAUUGCAGAUCCGGAGAAGCCACUUCUGACCCGUUUCCAGGACAAGAUCAGCAACCUGUCGUUUUCGGCCAAUGCGCCGUCUGCAGCCGUGCUGGAAACAAUGGAGAACCUGCGAGGGAAGAUUUACCUGCUGCUGUCCAGGCUGGGUUUCCAGGAUCUUCCUGGUCUGUCGGUGGAAGAUCAUGUGACUCUGGGCAUCGUCAUGAGAUACCUGGACUUCAAGGUCUGCGAGGUUUGGAACGAGAUCAGGAGCGAACUGAGUCUGGACGACGUGAAGCCGGUCACCUCUGACGAAAAGGCGCUGCACUCCAUUUCCAUGACGUUGAUGGGAAAAGCGCAGAGCGUCAAGGAGGAGCAGAUCCGCAUCCUGGAGGAGCAGAAGCAGCAGGAGAUCAAGGAGGAAAUCCGCAUCUACGCAGAGAUGAAAUCCCACCGGACACAGGAGGACCUCGCUGCCAAAUCCUGGGAGAAUUACGUCGCCAGAACUUCAAACUACAACAUCCUGAAGGAGGAAAAAGCUCGGAGGAAGAAACACCUGAAAUCCAAACUGAAGCCUAAAGAAGCUCCUGGUGAUCGACCUCCAAAGAAUUUCAUCACCCACAUCAUGGCAAUGAAGACCACCGGGGAGCCGGGGCCUUCAGGGGUCGAAGUGUCGCUCGCCAGAACCGUAAUCUGAGCCAAACGGACUGAAGAAGAGCCCAGAACUGACGGUACCAAGACUCCUGGAUCAACGUCAGACUUUUAUUCUCCAGCAGCUCUGAAUGCUCCUGCAGUUCUCUGAGGAUCAAAACUGAGAGAACAACAUUUUCUGCAAUAAACCUCUUGCAUUUUCUGUGUGUGGCUUCUUCUGUAAGACAAUGAGCAGAAAAUACAGACGUGAUGUCACUCAGUCUGCACAGUCUCUUCCUUAUAGUCUGGUCGAACACAUGCAGGCUUCACCAAGAUACUUCUGUGAUAAACACGAGUUUCAAGCCUAAUUUAUGCUAACGAAGGUUGAAUCAAUCUUUUCUUUCAAUGAUGUCUGUCUGGAAGUUUGCAAAAACAUUUAUAAUCAAAUCAGGUGGAGGAUGAAAAGUCAUCUGGAUUACAGUUUUACAGUUAAUUAAAUCAAUUAAUGAAGAAUUUGAAUUGUGCAUUUAAAAAUACUGAUUUAAAAACCCUUUUCCUGAACAUUUUGUAGCUCUACUAGUCUUGAUCUUGUUGGGAACUGAAGCUCUUUUUGUGUGUUUUUCUGGUGCUUUUAUGUUUGCAUGUUUUUAAUACUUUCUGCUUGUGAAUCCAGGGCAGAAAUGUGCAGCAAACGGAGCAAACUGCUGAUUGAAUUUACCUCCAGAGUUUCUGUCAUUGUUGAGAUGUUAUGCUGAUUCCUGAAGGUUUAUUCAGCUCUAACCAUCUCCUUAUUGGUCAGCAGUGGUAACUACACACAGCUGCAGGAAAAGACUCAACCAAGUGUGUUUUCAUCUUGUUCUGAUUAUAAUAAUCUUUUUUACAUUAAAGUAUUGUCUUCAGAUCUGUUGUCAACAACAACCUACAGUAAGAACUGUGUUAUGAAUUUUUAACAUCUUUAUGUAAUGACAGCAGAGGCCUUAUGGAACCCCAGAAUAAUCCAAAACAAAAAUAAAAUCUGAACUUGUCCAGCAGCAGCUUCUCAUUAAAGGAAAGCUUAAAGGAGUUUUUGCUCUAAAUUGGGACUUUUCCAGGGUUUCAUGCUCAGUGUUUUCAGGUUACAUAAGUCACUGCAAUGCAUCAACACAAAUGUUCCUUCAAGCGUGCAGCAAGCUGCACAGAGCCACUUUUCUCUCGCUGCUCCCAUCAUUACCGUCUGGACGGCCGAAUCAUCCGUGACGUUUUACGAAGCUUCAGACAAAAGAUCCGGGACAUGCAGGAGCCUGGUCAGCUCAGCCGGCCGUGAAGCGGAUCGCUGCUGGACCGACUCACUCCUGGAAACUCGGCUCCAGCGGCAGGAGUGAUGUUCAGAUUGGGAAGGCUGACUCCAGGAUACUUCCGACUCCUCCAGAGGCAGAUGUCUGGCGAGGUUCGGGUCCAGCCAUACAGCAGCAUCAUGGAGCCUGUCGCCAUGACGAUGGCCACCCUGGGGAUGGGAGUGUCUCUGUACAGCGCCAGGCAGAUGGCGGGGAGUCGUGAGAAACGUCACUGAGGAGCUCUUUGGAAAUGUGACUGAAUGUCUUGGGAUGUCGGAGACGGUUCGUGUUUGAUUCUGAGGAGUUUCAGGUGUUUGGAAAAGGAGAAUUAAAGUUUGUCCAAAGGAAAAUGUGAAGUUUUGUCUGCAGGUGAGAUGAGGUGGCGAGUUAAAGACGCGAACAGGGGUUUUCCUUUAAUUCAGUAUUAAUUUCAUUAGAAAAUUAGAAGAUUUUACAUGAAGUAAUUGUUAUUUUUGUAGUUCGACAAAAGGAUUAAUUAAUUUAUAUUUAACACAAAUGUUUGUCACUUUUUCUUCCUCUUUAGUCAUUUGUUGAUCAUGACAAAAACGCUGCAGAAAUAACUUUAUGCACAAUGUUGUCUCACUUUAUCAGCCACAUAUUGUUAAACACUUGACACCUAUAUUAAAUAGAUUCCUGAAC